AUGACGACCUGGGACGACGUCGAAGCGCAGGUCCGCGCCCGCGCCGAGGAGCUGCCGACGUGGGCGCUGGCUGGCGUUGCAGCCGGGACGAGCGCGGUCCUUAUCUUCCUCUUCUGCAUCCUCUGCCGAUGCUGCUGCGGGCGCAAGCACAAGUCCCAGUACGAGGCCAUCAGCAAGGACCUCGAGAUGGAGGAGAAAGAGUUUGCCCUCGGACGCACGCUGGACAGCGACGACGACGAUGAGCUGCACCGCCUGGAGGCCUCGACGACGAUCGAGGACUUCAACGACGACGAGAUGCGGCAGCUUGAGAUGCUAGAUGCGUACCACCAGAAGCUCGCCACCGACACGGGCGUGUCGAGCUCUGCGCCGCUGUCGCCGACGGCAGCCACCACGUCACAUCGACCAAAGGCCACGAAGGCGACCGUCAACGACGACUGAGCGCUGCGCAAGGUUGUAUUUAUUGCAGCAUAUUACGUCAAUGAUAAGAUGGAUAUGUGUUGUUGUGGA